AUGCCUUCACCACAUCAAGCGCCAAGACCUGCUAUUGUUGUUCCUUCGGUAGAAGAUCUAGUCGAUGAAGAGGCUGUACGAACACUUUCUACGCGUCUGACGUCGGCUCAACAAGCUACCGCUUCAUCAAGUUCUACAGACACAUUAUCAAGUAUUACGGCUACAACAACAUUAGAAUUUGCCGGUCAGCCAUCAGAUCAAGAAGCUAAUAUCUAUGGAUUAGUCACUGUGAAAGCACCUUCGAUCAUUUUACCAUCGGAGAGUGAAGCCACUUCAUCAUCAUUCUCUCGUGUGCCUAUUGAUCUCGUUUGUGUUGUUGAUCAAAGUGGAUCAAUGACAGGCGAAAAAAUCACUUUAUUGAAACAAACUUUAAUCUACAUUGUCGAUCAGCUCAACGAACUCGAUCGAUUGGCUAUUGUUUCAUUUAAUACAACAGCUUUCAAUUAUUCUCACGGUCUCAAACAUCUCAAUCAACAAAAUAAGGAGAUGUUGAAAAAGUCGAUCACUGAAAAUGUCAAGGCUAGUGGUGGUACCUUUAUUGGAUGUGGAUUAAGCAUGGGUAUCGAACUGUUCACUAAUCGUCAAACAAAGAAUCCAGUUGGUGGUUUACUUUUACUUACCGAUGGGCAGGACAAUCAAGUUCAGGAUUAUUCGAAUUUAAUGAAGACAUUACCUGAAGGUGUUCUUUGUCACACAUUUGGUUAUGGGCCUGAUCAUACAGCGGCUUUACUUGUACAACUGGCGGAACAAGGCAACGGAGGCACUUUUACUUAUAUAAAUGAAGAAGAAGCCGUAGGUCCAGCAUUUGCGAUGACGCUUGGUAGUCUUUUUUCGUGUAUAGCUCAACAAAUUUGUAUCAACAUCGAAUUCAACGGUGAAUACAAAGUAACUAAUAUUCAUUCGAAAUAUAAAUACGAACCAGAAAAACUUCCUUCAUCGAUGAUCAGUUUUAAACUAAAUGAUCUCAAUAGUGAAGAGCGACGAAAUCUCAUUUUUCAAUUAUAUGUGCCGAAAAUGCAUGAUCAACAAUCGAUAGAAAUGGUCUCACAAGAAUCUAUAUCUUCAAGUCAACAACAAAAAGAACAUCAGUUUAUCAUUAAUCAUCAAGUUGGUCAUGUGUCGAUCACCUAUUUGGAUCCUCGCAGUGGUCUUACAUUAACCACAAAUUCUGUUCCCUUUGAACUUAUUCGAGUUCCUCAACCAUCGGCCGAACUGCUUCAAGUCAAUCACACACUUGAUCUUCAACGAAAUCGAGUAGAAACAGCACUUGUCUUAAAACAAGCAAUGGAAGAAAAUAACUAUGAACAAUCGAUGAAUUUGCUCAAAGAUCAAAUUGAAAAAUUAAAGAAAAGUGUAUCUGCAAAAGAUCCAUUUUGUCAACAAUUAAUCAAAGAUCUUAAACAUCGUUUUCAAUCGGAACGUGACUAUCGUUCAACACAUCACAAUACUUAUAUGCAACAUUUAACAGAACGAGGCACAUGGAGUUCUACGGCUAAUGCCAGUACAAUACAUUAUACUACCAUAUCGCAAAAUUCUCAAGUCGAUCACUUUCGAAAUUCACGACCUCUUAACUUACAAGAAAAGCCUGAACGGCUCGAAGGUACACCUGCAGGAAUAAUGAAUGAUAUUUGGGCACUUGGUUUGUCACUUGUCGAAAUGGCUGUUGGUCGAUAUCCAAUUCCACCACCAACAUCAGAUGAUAUUGAUAUAUUAUUCAAAGAAGAUCCGCAUGGAAAUCUGCCGCGAAUCGAAGGACAUGGAUCUCAUAAAAAUUUGAGUGCAUUCGAAUCGAUGGAAUGGAUUGUUAAUGAAGCAUCACCCAGUCUCCCACAAACACAUUUUUCUCCGGAAUUUUGCGAUUUUAUUGAUCAUUGCUUGAAAAAGAAUACAACAGAACGAGCUGAUUUAAAUACGCUCUUACAUCAUCCAUUUUAUAAACAACAUGAACAAGAGAGUCAAAAUCAAGAAGUCGUUGCUUGGAUAGAGCAAAUAUGUCAACCUGAUUUCGACAAUAGACGACGCAGUGAUGGUGGUAGUAGUAGCACAUAA